AUGACUCAUUGGAUUGCUCAUUUGGAAGGGGGCCCAAGAAGGGUUAACCAUGCAGCCGUUUUCAUCAAAAGUCACAUUUUCAGUUUUGGCGGCUACUGCACUGGAGGAAAUUUUGAAGUGGCAAAGCCGAUAGACAUUCAUGCCCUAAAUAUAUGUAUAUAUGCUACUCUUACAUUAUUUUAUUAUCAUACAUUUGUCAACGAGUUAGAAAGGUUAAAGGUACCAUUCCAUAGGUACGGCCACACAGCUGUCAACUGGAGAGAUAGGGCCUACAUAUUUGGCGGUCGUAACGAUCGAAAUGGAGCGUGCAAUAAAUUGUUCUGCUUUGAUCCUGAAACACUAAGAUGGAGUAGGGUGAGCACAAAGGGUGAGGUCCCUGGGGCCAGAGAUGGUCAUUCCGCGAGCGUUCUCAACGAUAAGAUGUACCUGUUUGGAGGAUAUGAAGAUGCUCUUCAGAGGUUUUCAAACGACAUGUACACAUUUGAUUUCCGGUUAUCACAGUGGUCACUGCUCUCCACCACGGGCACGCCGCCAAUCUGGAGAGACUUCCACACGUCGUCUGUCAUCAAAAACUUCAUCCUGAUUUUCGGAGGUCGUAGUGACGAGGCCGGUCAGUUCCACACGAACUCCGAGGUCUACUGCAAUAAGUUGGUGACCUUUGACACUACCACCAACGUCUGGACGCAACCAAAGGUCAAAGGUUACGUACCUUAUGGCAGGAGGAGUCAUACUGCCUUCGUCUACAGAGAUGAGAUGUACAUAUUCGGCGGCUACAACAGCCUGCAGGAUGUCCAUUUUGCUGACAUGCACAAAUUUAACUUAGAGAGUAAUUGGUGGGUGAGUGUCAGGGUUUACGGGAGGGGGCCAGGCGUAAGAAGAAGACACUGCUGCUGCGUAGUGGACGACGACGCCGGUGGUGGCGAUCGUCGUGGUGGUGCCACUGGGGGUAGCAGGGUGUUCUUGUUUGGAGGGACGAGGCCAUUGCCCAUGUCCCUUCAACCGUUCGUCCUCCCAACUGAUGAACUACUUGUCGAUCUAUCCGAUCUGCACGUAUUACAAUUCAAGCCAUCACUGAAGACUCUUAGCAUGUUGGUCAUCAUAGAGAAGAAGUUGGAUACGUCGUGCCUGCCUGCUAUGUUAAGGUUUGACGUUGUUGUGCGUGUGUGUGUGUGUUUGGUGUGUGUGUGUGUGCGUGUGUGUGGUUUGUGUGUGUGCGUGUGUUUGGUGUGUGUGUGUGUGUGUUUGGUGUGUGUGCGUGCGCGUGUGUUAUGUUGUGCUUGUGUUGUUCUGGACACCAACAAUAAUAAUAACAACAACCACAUCAUCUACAUCAACAUUAACAUCAUCAACAUCAACAACAACAACAUCAAAAACAAUAUCAUAAACAGCAACAUCAACAAUAACAACAUCAUCAACAACAACAACAACUAA